GUGAACUUUCCGAGGGCAGUCAUAUUUUGAAGAAACAUUACACUAUAUUUCAUCUAAUUGUGUGCAGUUACAGUUUGGCAGAAAGCUGUCUGGUAUGCUCCCAGCAGUCCAGUAGAUGUCCACCCCGUCAGACACGUCAGGUGGUAUGUCACAUCCUGGCCCUUCACCUGGGGCCGGUCUAUCCCCGGGGCCCAUCUUGGGCCCCAGCCCCGGACCGGACCCCUCACCGGGCUCUGUUCACAGUAUGAUGGGACCCAGCCCUGGACCCGGAACGCCUAACGCAGCUCAUGGCAUGCAGGGACAAAGUGAAUACUCUCAGGACGGCAUGUAUCCGAUGCACAAGACCAUGGAGGGGAUGAAUGAGAAGACCAUGGCAGAGGCGAUGCACUUUGGCCACAUGAAAGGUGUCGGGAUGAGAUCUCUGCAUAGUGGCAUGGGGCCUCCGCAGAGUCCUAUGGACCAGCACAGCCAAGGAUACAUAUCCCCCCAUCCCUCCCCCAUGGGUGUGCAUGAGCAUCCUUCUAGUCCCUUGUCAGGAGGCGGGGGACCCACACCGCCCCACAUGCCCCCCUCCCAGUCCGGCCCCAUGAUACCCACAGAGCCCCAGUCGGCCGUGCCCAACAUGAGCCAGCCGGGCCGCGGGCCUUCUGCGUUCAGUCCGGUGCAGCUGCAGCAGCUCAGAGCUCAGAUCCUGGCCUACAAGAUCCUGGGCCGUGGGCAACCGCUGCCCGAUAACCUCCAACUGGCUGUUCAGGGCAAGAGGAGUCUACCCACAAUGCAGCAGCAGCAACAACAGCAGGCGCCCAAUGCCAGCCCUUACAACAGGCCUCCAGGCAUGCCCAUGGCACCUGUGGGUGGUCCCCAGUCCAGUCCCUGUCCGACCCCCACCAUGCAGCAGGGGCACAAUCCGAGCGCGGGACCCAAGCCCUGGUCUGACGGUUCGGGCGGCGACAAUCAGGCCAACGCCCAGAAGCACCUCGCCCCCCCGGUCCCCGGCGGCGGACGCCCGUCCCCCACGCCCCCUCAGGCUUCGGCGCCGCCCUCCGGCGGUCCGGUGGCCCCGCAGGCCCCUGGGGGCCAGCAGCAGCCGUCCCCCAUACUCCAGAUGCAGAAGCAGAACCGCAUCACGCCGAUCCAGAAGCCGCAGGGCCUGGACCCCGUGGGGAUCCUGCAGGAGAGGGAGUACAGGCUGCAGGCUCGGAUCGCUCAUCGGAUCCAGGAGCUGGAGACUCUGCCGGGCUCGCUGCCCUCUGACCUCAGGUCCAAGGCCACGGUGGAGCUCAAGGCGCUGCGUUUGCUCAACUUCCAGCGGCAGCUGCGUCAGGACGUGGUGGCGUGCAUGAGGCGGGACACGACCCUGGAGACGGCGCUCAACUCCAAGGCGUACCGGCGCAGCAAGCGGCAGACGCUGAGGGAGGCACGCAUGACGGAGAAGCUGGAGAAGCAGCAGAAGCUGGAGCAGGAGAAGAAGCGCCGGCAGAAGCACCAGGAGUACCUGAACAGCAUCCUGCAGCACGCUAAGGACUUCAAGGAGUACCACCGCUCCAUGACGGGCAAGAUGCAGAAGCUCACCAGAGCCGUGGUCACCUGGCACACCAACACGGAGCGCGAGCAGAAGAAGGAAACGGAGAAGAUCGAGAAGGAGAGGAUGCUGAGGCUCUUGGCAGAGGAUGAGGAGGGCUACCGGAAGCUCAUCGACCAGAAGAAGGACAAGCGGCUGGCCUAUCUGCUGCAGCAGACGGACGAGUACGUGGCCAACCUCACCACGCUGGUGUACGAGCACAAGGCGGCGCAGGCCGCCAAGGACAAGAAGAAGAAGAAGAAGAAGAAGAAGAAGAAGGUGGAGAGAGACGGCGAAGGCACCAGUGCCAUUGGACCUGAUGGAGAGCCGAUGGACGAGAGCAGCCAGAUGAGCGAGCUGCCCGUCAAGGUCAUCCAGACGGAGACGGGGAAGGUCCUGGAGGGGACGGACGCCCCCAGGUCCAGCCAGCUGGAGGCGUGGCUAGAGAUGAACCCUGGGUAUGAAGUGGCCCCGCGGUCGGACAGCGAGGAGAGCGGCUCUGAGUACGAGGACGAGGAGGAAGAGGAGGGGGCCAAGCCAGAGCUGCAGGAUGAGAAGAUCAUCGAUCCCAACGGAGUGGAAGUGUUCGUGGCGGCGGCCAAUCACAUCAUCGAGUCAGCUAAGCAGGAUGUGGAUGAUGAGUACGUCGUUCCCACCGGUCAGCCGAGCUCUCAGGCGUCGUACUACGGCGUCGCCCACGCCAUCAUCGAGAAGGUGGAGAAGCAGUCGACGCUGCUGGUUAACGGCACGCUCAAAUACUACCAGACCCAGGGCCUGGAGUGGAUGGUGUCCCUGUACAACAACAACCUGAACGGCAUCCUGGCCGACGAGAUGGGCCUCGGCAAAACCAUCCAGACCAUCGCCCUCAUCACCUACCUGAUGGAGCACAAGAGGAUCAACGGGCCCUUCCUCAUCAUCGUGCCGCUCUCGACCUUGUCUAACUGGGUCUAUGAGAUGGACAAGUGGGCCCCCUCUGUGGUUCAAGUAGCCUACAAGGGAACCCCCAUGCUGCGCCGCGGGCUCGUGCCUCAACUGCGCAGCGGGAAGUUCAACGUGCUCCUGACCACCUACGAAUAUGUCAUCAAGGACAAGCUCAUCCUGGCCAAGAUCCGCUGGAAGUACAUGAUCGUGGACGAGGGCCACCGCAUGAAGAACCACCACUGCAAGCUGACCCAGGUGCUGAACACGCACUACGUGGCGCCGCGCCGCCUCCUGCUCACCGGCACGCCGCUGCAGAACAAGCUGCCCGAGCUGUGGGCGCUGCUCAACUUCCUGCUGCCCACCAUCUUCAAGAGCUGCAGCACCUUCGAGCAGUGGUUCAACGCCCCGUUCGCCAUGACGGGAGAGAAGGUGGACCUAAACGAGGAGGAGACCAUCCUGAUCAUCCGGCGUCUGCACAAGGUGCUCCGCCCCUUCCUGCUGCGCCGACUGAAGAAGGAGGUGGAGUCUCAGCUGCCGGAGAAGGUGGAGUACGUGGUGAGAUGCGACAUGUCGGCCAUCCAGAAGGUUCUUUACCGCCACAUGCAGAGAGGCAUCCUGCUCACGGACGGCUCGGAGAAAGACAAGAAGGGCAAAGGCGGCUCCAAGACCCUGAUGAACACCAUCAUGCAGCUGAAGAAGAUCUGCAACCACCCCUACAUGUUCCAGCACAUCGAGGAAUCGUUUGCUGAGCACUUGGGCUUUUCAGGCAACGUCAUCAGUGGAAUUGAACUGUACCGUGCCUCUGGAAAGUUCGAGCUGCUGGAUCGCAUCCUGCCGAAGCUUCUCGCCACCAACCACCGGGUGCUGCUCUUCUGUCAGAUGACCACACUCAUGAACAUCAUGGAGGACUACUUCAGCUACCGCAACUUCCAGUAUCUACGUCUCGACGGAAGCACGAAGGCCGACGACCGUGCGAUGCUGCUGACGAAGUUCAACGAGAAGGGCUCCCAGUUCUUCAUCUUCCUGCUCAGCACCAGAGCCGGCGGCCUCGGCCUCAACCUGCAGGCCGCCGACACCGUGGUCAUCUUUGACAGUGACUGGAACCCACACCAGGACCUGCAGGCUCAGGACCGCGCCCACCGCAUCGGCCAGCAGAACGAGGUGCGCGUGCUCCGCCUCUGCACCGUCAACAGCGUGGAGGAGAAGAUCUUGGCGGCGGCCAAGUACAAGCUCAACGUGGACCAGAAGGUCAUCCAGGCGGGCAUGUUCGACCAGAAGUCCUCCGGCAACGAGCGCCGCGCCUUCCUCCAGGCCAUCCUGGAGACGGAGGAGCAGAACGAGGAAGAAGACGAGAUCCCCGACGACGAAACCCUCAACCAGAUGAUCGCCCGCAACGAGGGUGAAUUUGAGCUCUUUAUGCGCAUGGACAUGGACCGGCGGCGGGAGGAAGCCAGGAACCCGAAGAGGAAGCCUCGCCUCAUGGAGGAGGACGAGUUGCCCUCGUGGAUCAUCAGAGACGAAGCCGAGAUCGAGCGGCUCACCUACGAGGAGGAAGAGGAGAAGAUGUUCGGCCGAGGGUCGCGCUGCCGCCGGGACGUCGACUACAGUGACGCCAUGACUGAGAAACAGUGGCUGCGGGCCGUUGAGGAUGGGAACCUGGAAGAGAUGGAGGAGGAGAUCCGGCUGAAGAAGCGCAAACGCAAGAGGCGUCCGGACAAGGAGCCGUCGUCGUCGAGCAGAGAGGACGGCGGCUCCUCCAGGGGCAAGAAGAAGAAACGCGGCCGCCCGCCGACCGACAAGCACCGCCCCAACCCGCCCAAACUCACCAAGCAGAUGAACACCAUCAUCGACACGGUCAUCAACUACAGGGAUGGGUCGGGGAGACACCUGAGCGAGGUCUUCGUCCAGCUGCCGUCAAGGAAGGAGCUCCCGGAGUACUACGAGCUGAUCAGGAAGCCUGUGGACUUUAAGAAGAUCAAGGACCGCGUGAGGAACCACAAGUACCGUGGCGUCGGAGACCUGGAGAGGGACGUGAUGCUGCUCUGCCACAACGCCCAGACCUUCAACCUGGAGGGGUCCCAGAUCUACGAGGACUCCAUCGUCCUCCAGUCGGUGUUCAAGAGCGCCCGGCAGAAGAUCGCCAAGGACGAGGAGAGCGACGACGACAGCGACGAGGAGGAGGAGGACGAGGAAGAGGACGAGGAGGAGGACGAGUCGGAGGCCGAGGCCAAGUCUGUGCGCGUGAAGAUCAAGCUUAGCAAAGAGGGGCGUGGCCACGACAAGGGCAAGAAGAGGCAGAGCCGCGGGAAGGCCAAGCCGGUCGUCAGCGACGACGACAGCGACGACGACCUCGACGACAACGAUCAAUCGGACAAGAGCGACGACGACUGAGGCCCCGAGGACGUUCAUCUUCCUUCUCUGUCAUUUCUCUUCCUCUUCUCUACCUUCAUCUCUACUUCGUUCUCUCUCUCCGUCGGUGUUUUUUUCUUCUCACCAGCUUAGAAAUGUAUUCCGUUAAUAAUCGAUAAGCUGCAGGAAUACUCAUCUGCUCCUGUUCCUGUUUUUAAGACAAUUUUUUUAAGUAGAUUUUUUAAACUCUUGUGCUUUAAAAGCUGAUUUAAAAGUUCCGUAUAUCGGGGGAAAAAAUCGAUAAAAAAAAAGGAAAACAAAAAAACUUUUUGGUUGUGCUUUUCUUUUCUUUUUGCAUUAUUUGUACUCGCUUGCACUUUUAGAAAAUUAAAUGUCAAAAUCCAAAUUUGCUAUUAAUUCAUAAUAAAUACUUUGGAGAACCGUUGGUGGCAAACGGAUAGAAAUGCAAUCAGUCAAGUUUUAACUUUAUUUUUGGGGGUUCUUCAUUUCUCCUUGUUGCCGUGCCAAAUGUGAGAGGAAUUGAUGCUUCGCUAAGCCCCUCCCCCAGACCAGCAAUCGUCCAAUCGUAGCCGAGCGACCUUAACUCGGCCCAGCUUUAGGUUUCUUCGCAUGUUGAAUACGGUACGAGUUUAAAGUUGUUUUAACGGACAAUAUUCAGUUUAAGUCACAUUAUUAUUUUUUAAAGGAUUAUCUAAGACAAACAUUUUAAAUAAAUAAAAAGCCUUUUUCAGGACCAAACGUCCUGCUCCCUAUUUGGAUUUUCUCUUGUUACAAUAAACUUAAAAACAAACGGUUAGAAUAACAACAAUAAAAAUUAGGAAGAUUAACUUUUUAUAUCUGUGAUGCAUUAUACAUCUUUGAAUAUUCUACUCAUGAUACUCGGGACUAUUUAUGCCCCAUUAUUUCAUGGUCAUCCAGCUGUCGUUUGUUGCAGAUUUAAAACUCUGUGACUUUUUAAAGGUUUUAUUUGAUAUAAAAGAUUCACGUUAUGUCACCAUCGACGAGGAUAGGACGCUUGGCGGGCGUAGAAACAGUGACCGCGUUCACAUGCAUUCGAAUAACUGGCUUAGUCGGACUGAAAUCGAAUGAUCCGUUUCAUGUAAACACCUUUGUUCGACUAUGUGCGGUCCGACUACGAUCCGAUUAACGCCCCUGGAUAACUCGAUCCGAUCCGGUUGAUAAUUCGACUAUCGCGGCAUGUAACGGUGAAUUGGAUUAGGAACUGGACUUUGCGUCUUUGUGCAUGCUUGAGAUCCCGCCCUCCUCCCCCCUCCCUCCCAUGUCGUGACCCGGAAGUCGAAAGAGACGAUAAGUUGUCACUGCCGGGAGCCUGGCCGGCAGAAAACAAACAAACAACGCUAUGGAGAACACAAGAGCCACCACACAUCUCUGGACCGAAGAGCAGACAGAAUUUAUGCUUCAUGUAUUGAAGGAGUUGAACAUACUAAAGUUCAUGGUUCUUGCUCGAAAUGUUGAUGUUGUUGUUGUUGUUGGUUGUUGUUGGUGGUGGUGAAGAGGUCAAGCGGAAAUGGCUGUAUCACCACGAGUUGUAAUGAAAACAGCGCCACCUAUCGUAUCGGAUAUGACAUGCUUUCAAAGGCCAAUGAUUCGAAUUACUCACUGCCAUGUAUAUUGGGAUAAUAGCAGAUCCCCCAAAAGAUAGCAUCGUCCGACUAAAGCAAGAUUCAAAUUAUACCAUCAUGUAAACGCACUGAAUAACUAUAUAUUAUAGCCUGCGCAACAAAAAGUCAGUUGUUGCUUGAUUCUAUGAGGUGUCCAUAAAUGCUGGAUGAUGCUUUUCUUUUUUUCAUGAACAUAAAUGUAACCUUACUUCACGUAGGCGGACAUCAUUUCGGUAAAAGCGUCUCACUCUUAACGUCUCAGAGCCGAAGCAUCGGACUUUGCUGUAAAUCACUUCCUCCCUCAGAAAAGAGAACUUUGUUUUUUGUUGUUGUUUUCUUCUGGAUUGACACACUGGGAAACAUCUUGUUUUGUUGAAUAAAAACCAGCAUCUAUCGUAGUUCAAAUGUAGCUAUUUAAAGCGUCGACACGCUGCUCCAUUUUGCAAACAGACUGUAAAUGAAGUCUUUUUACGGACUAUUAAAGAAAGAUUACAGAGAACAGUGUUGUGGGAUUAAAAAGAAACUUGACUUAAAGACAUCGAGCCGACCACUUUAUUUUAAACAAUGUACCCGAUUUAUGAAUUAUUUAGAUAAUCGUGUUCCUGUUUUACUUUUGAGCCGUGGUGUUCUAUUGGUUUAUAUCUCAUUUGUAGCAUGAGCUUUAUCAUGUUAUUGUUUUAUUGUAACUUGUGCUUGCCGACUCCGUCAGUGUGGCUUCAUCUUUGCUUUGUUUGCACAGCGUCUUCGUGGUUGUAACUCGUCGCCCAGGGCAAAUAAAAUCUCAGAUUUUCCGCACAAACAAAAAA